ACCCUUGCGCGCUAUUGCUUCACUAGUUCGUAACCGAGUUGACUAUUCUUCAAAAUUCCGUCUGAUGGAGCUUUAAAUGAUUUAACAUUACUCCACCGCUGCUGAGAUGGCAGAGCCAGAGUCCGGUCCAGUGUUUCAGCUGGGGAAACCGCGCUAUGACCAGAGUGCAUUUCUUGGCAGGUUGAGACAUUUCAUCGACAUCAUUGAUCCUUCCACUCUUUUUGUGACGGAGAGUCGCUUAAAAGAAUGCAUCAAACUCCUGGAUGAUUUCAAGCAAGGGAAACUUUCUGCAGGAGUAACGGAUUAUCAGCUCUGGGAAGCUCAGAAGGUGAAACAGGCCAUAAUUCACCCUGACACCGGUGAAAAGAUAUUCAUGCCUUUUCGCAUGUCGGGCUAUGUCCCAUUUGGAACACCAAUUGUUGUCGGUCUUCUCCUUCCAAACCAGACUUUGGCCUCUACUGUGUUCUGGCAGUGGCUCAACCAGAGUCACAAUGCUUGCGUGAACUACGCCAACCGCAACGCCACAAAGCCUACACCAACCUUAAAAUUUAUUCAGGGAUACCUGGGAGCUGUCACCAGUGCUGUUUCUAUAGCAGUUGGUUUGAAUGUACUUAUCCAAAAAUCUAGCAAAUUUAACCCUGCCAACAGACUCCUCAUACAGAGGUUUAUUCCAUUCCCUGCUGUAGCGAGUGCAAACAUCUGUAACGUGGCUCUGAUGAGACACAAUGAGUUGUCUGAGGGAAUAGAUGUGUUGGACAACAAUGGGAAUGUUGUGGGAUCCUCACGAAUAGCAGCCAAACAUGCACUGAUAGAGACAGCAGUUACGCGAGUGGUUCUGCCGCUGCCCAUAUUUGUCCUUCCACCAAUCAUUAUGGCCUUCUUUGAAAAGCUUCCUCUGAUGCAAGCUCAUCGUCGCAUGAUGCUUCCUGUGCACAGUUUAGUGUGUCUGGCUGUCUUUGGUCUGUCCUUGCCGCUGGCCAUCAGCCUUUUUCCACAAAUGUCACAGAUCGAGACAUCUCACCUUGAGCCAGAAAUUGCCAUGGCAACAGAUUGCAAGGUGCUGACUUACAACAAGGGACUGUGAUAAAAAAAGAGGAAUAGUAGGUGGAAGUGCGAAAAGAGAGAGAGAAAAGCUAAGGAGAUUCAGUGUUUCUGUAUUGUAUGAGAUUGCCAAGGACAUAACCUAGCAAAACAGGUGCAUUUUAAGCAAUAGUGACCAGCAAACCCUAUCCUUAAUUUAAAAGCCAUUUAUCAGAUUUUAUAGAUCUAUUAAUGAAUUAAUAAUUUAAUAUUUUAAAUAUUAAAAUAUAUUAUAGGUUCCAGCUAGAAAAAAAGCUUUACAUUAAAUGACUUUUUAUUAUUAUGAAUGUAAGAUAUUACUCAAACAUAAUAGGAGAGCGAAUGCUGUAUUGAACUUAAAUUCUGUGUAAAGUGAUAUUUUUGUUUUCUCAGUUUGUCACACCACAGAAAAAAUGUUAUUAACCAUCCAGACAAAUUUGAAUGAUAAAAAUUAUUUUAAAGUAAAUAACAUAAGUUAUCAAAAUCUGGGAAAAUUUCAAAUUCUCUGACCUCAGAUGCUGGGGCUGUCUCCGGUGAAACCACGCCCACUCGCAGGAAAUCUAUCGUCUCGUCUUUUAACUUUCAAAUAGAUUGUGGCUGUAAACUGAUACAGCUACGGCCAACAUCUCGUGAAAUGUGGGGUUUAGGGUUAUGAUUAGGACGAAAACAGCGCUGUUUUCGUCCUAAUCAUACCCCUAAACCCAACAUUUCACGAGAUUUGGCGGUAGCUGUAUACCCUCUAGCUCGCGAUUGUGUUAGGGGCGGGGCCAGGCGCCGUGGCUCCAAUGCGUCAUCGAGCCACCGUUUUAGCCUGCACUGUCCAAAAAUCCUGAACACAGAAAUGAGGAAAACCCGUUUAACGUGUAACUCCACAAUUCAGUACUACAUAGCUGUCUUUGUAAUGUGUUUCAGCAAUACAUUUCUAAUGACUUUACUGAAAUGACUUUACACUGACAUAAAAAUGUAUUAUAUGAACUUCAUCAUAAUCAUAAUUAAGGUAUUUAUUCGCAUGUCAUGCUUACAUUUUUUCAAACCCUUUAACUUUAAAGUGUACAGAGAUUUGAUCUUUUAAAACACGAUCUUACAACAGAAAUGUUAAUAUUUUAAUACAAGUUUGGACUAUUUUA